GAGGGGGAUGAAACCAGGGGUCUGGUGGCGAAACGUGACGCAGUUAUCCGGCGUUAUUGGCAGUUCUCUCUCGUUCAAUAACAGGUACACGUAAAGAGAAAAUACUCCGGUUGAAAUUUAUAGAGGGCGUAGGGUGAGCUGAGCGGAGAGAGAAAGGAAAAAAAAUGACCCGUGACUCUGGUGACCGGGAACAAUGAACGGAAACAGGAAGAGAAAGACAGAGGAUGGUUUUCUAGGGCGAAACGAUUCGUGGUAAUUAACACAACCGGACCGACGAUAUACGAUUUUACUUCCGCGUCGUUACAACGUCAGCGAGGUCGAAACCUUUGAGCCACCGUGUUCCACCCUCUCCUUUCUCCCCUUUUGCCGAUUCGUUUACCUCUACCAGUCCCACCGGUUAAUUGUUGAUAAUUCGCGAUGCGUGCGAUCGGCGAAUCCGGCCGCGUUCAACAGAUUAACGAACGCAUUGUUCCCUCGGAUGCGUGUUGCCGGAUUUUCUUUUGAAUUUUCCCUGAUCAUUCGCUCGAUUGUGCUCCCAUUUUGCUAUUGAUGGCUCGUUUCAAACGGACGAAACGAAGGGGUUGAUUAGGAGCCUUGUUUUGAUAAAUGAAAAGAAUUAGCCAAGGCUAAUUACUAAUUACUAAAUUAAUUUGAUUUUUCUAAGAUUUAAAUUUUAAUUCAAUAUCCUAGCGAUCGAACCAUUGAUUUUCAAUCCCUUUUACCUCAUCUUCGAACCGCGGACAUGGUUAAGAUUUCGAUUUCCGGUCUCGGACGUCUCGGAUGGACGGAUAAGAAACGACAAACGGACAUCGUUUAACCCGAAUAGAUAAAAGAAAGGUUAUGCGUGCGGUCGCGUUCGCGGUUACGUUUCACCGUAGAAAGAUUCGUGUACAUAACGAGGACGAGGUUUACGAGGCCGUUCAGGGGGUUGUAAUUCAAUUUAAUGCCGGGAUCGCAGACUCACCGUCCGACCGGUUCACGGAAGAUUCCGGCUGCGAAUUACGGGUCACGAAGCAGGAUACGGUGAGAGAUUCUUUCUGAAAGCGGCAUCACUCCACCCGCUUGUUCAGCCCGCCCUCCUCUUUACCAAAGAAAUCCCGGCAGGGGUUCCCUUGGAACUCUCGCGAGGAUUUUUAUUGCGUAGUAACGUCGCUCGUUGAUUUAAGCGUUCUCGGCUUUCAGUUCCGUUCAAACGGCGCGAGAUCAGCGAAGAAGAUUCUAGCUGGAGAAAUUUGUGUUCACGUCUCUUCGCCUUUAUCUAAAUACAGAAAAGUCUGCCACGAAUUCGAGCGAUUGAGAAUUGAAAAUUUCAUAACGUUCCCUGGAACUGUAUCGAACAGUCCAAAGUACUCUAUUUAUUUAGAAAUCAAAGUGCUCGAGAAACGAGGCGGUUCCAAAUUCGACGUCCAAACAAAGGCUAAUCAAAGGAGACCACCUCUCGGCACGACGCGAAUCAAGUGUCCUGUUAGCCUCCGGUCUGCGUUCGAGUUAGCACGCUCGUAGGUGCGAAUUAGUCUUUCGAAUCAAUCGUUUAAACAUCGACGCGGCGAGUUUCGUGAAAACACAACGGGACAGAUUAUUCGCACACGGUCAACAGUAGGAUGGAAUCGUGGUUACGCAAGCCUCCGUCGGUUCGUCGUACCAACCCCACACGUGGCAAUCGUUUGCUUCGGGCAACUUCCGUUUCCUUGUCGGCUCAUCGGGAAUCGCAGUUGGCGUUUCUGCGGCUUGCCCGUCGCUUCAGGCUUGAAAACUCGCUCCGAUGACUGGGAUGAUCGUCUUGCUGGUGGUGUUGCUCGUUUGCCCGUCGCGACAUCCGGCGCAGAGCCUCGAGGACCGCGGCAGCGACGAUUCCGGAGGGAACAAUGGGACCGAGCUGGUGAAAAGUCACUCUAGACGAGCCAGAACACUCGUUUUCCCUGAUCCCGUCCAGCUUCUGCUGAUCUUCGGCCUGGGGACACCGUUGCAGUUGAAUUACGAGAACGUGAUCGUCGGUAUAUUCGCUAAAUACGUGUACAAUUUGCCGACCAAUGCGACGGAUUUCACCAUGCCCGGUGUCUAUUACUCCCGAAGCCAGAAGAGCAGAUGGAACGUCUACAAGAUGCUGGAGAAAGCAGCGGGGAUGUAUGGAUUCGGUGGGAAAGCGUGUCUGUUGAAGGCCAUCUGCGAGGCAGCGUCGGUUCCCUUUGACAGCACCCACAGUUUACUGGGACAAUUGUUGCAGGUAUUCUUCAAGCCUUCCAGCACCGACGAGCAAUACGAGGAGUACGAAGACCAGGAAUAUCGGGCGGCCGAACGUUUGGGCGAGCAAAUGUCGGCGGAAAACUGCCACGCCCUUUAUCCGGAAUGCCGACGAAGUAUCCUCGAUGUGUUCUCCAUGGUCACCGUAUGAAUACCAAAACACCAGCACGACGACGACGACGACGACGAUGGGAUACUGGCUGAGAUUUCAGUCUCUGGUUAGAUUAGAGUGGGAUGAGGUUUGUUCGAUUGAUUGAAACUUUGGUUACAUUCUGUGGAGCGUGUAAACGGAUGAAACAGAGAGAUGUACAUUGAUAGAUAUUUAUCGAGCUUCUGGUGGAGUUUCUGGUUGAAAUACUUCGCCGCGAGUGAUUAUUGCUUAUCAGACUUUUCAAGGGUGGAAAAGAAAUUUUCGUUAAUUUCAAUUACGAUCAAGUAGGUUUAAUUGUCUUGGGUUCUUGGAUAACUCGUGUACAGGCAAGUAUAUUUAUCUGUUUAGAAAUAAUUUUACUAUAUUUAUGUGUUAAGAUGUUGUAUAAAUAAAUAAAAUUAAGCGAUUGCAUCGUUAUUGUAUCGAGUUUCAGAUCUAUAAAUUUUCAAUGCGGAUAUCAAUCAAAGUCAGAAGAGAAUAGGUACGAUCAAGUAUUCGAAACAUAACAAUGGAAGAACGUAUCUGAAGGAUUUCUAGCAGUCAGUGUAUUGUAGAGGAACGAUUCUUCCGACAAGUUGAAUCCCCUGGCGGGCCAGUUUGAACGCUUGAUUAUCCUCAAACGAUGCCGAAAAUUCAUCCCUUCGAACCGAGCGUCGUUUCUCAAGGUGUCAGACGGCCGUGAAAGCAUUUCUUAAACGGCAGCUUCUACGGCGAAGCAUUCCGUUGCACGG